UUGUACCCCCAAAAGCCAAAACCCGAUGGCCUCGGCUCCGCACGGCGAUCAAGCGAUGGCCGAGAACGGGGACGACGCCGCGGCCGCAGCCGCGGCGAAGCGGCCCCGCGCGCCGAUCACGGAGGCCGAGAUCCGCGCCGAGUUCGCGCACCACGAUGGCGCCGUGGCCCGCGUCAACAACGGCUCCUUCGGCUGCUGCCCGGCCACGGUCCUCGCGGCGCGCGCGCGGUGGCAGCGCCUGUUCCUCUCGCAGCCCGACGCGUUCUACUUCCACUCCCUCCAGCCGGGGCUCGCCCGCUCGCGCGCCGCGGUCGCCGCCGCCGUCGGGGCCGUCGACGCCUCCGAGGUCUCCCUCGUCGACAACGCCACCACGGCGGCGGCCAUCGUCAUGCAGCACGUGGCGUGGAGCUUCGCCGAGGGCGCCUUCGCGCGCGGCGACGCCGUGCUCAUGCUCCACUGCACCUACAGCUCCGUCAAGAAGUCCAUCCACGCGUACGCCGCCCGCGCGGGCGCCACCGUCGUCGAGGUGCCGCUCCCGUUCCCCGUCGCGUCCCCGGCCGUCGUCGUCGCCGAGUUCCGCGCCGCGCUCGCGCGCGCCAGGGCCGGCGGGCGCGGCGUCCGCCUCGCCGUCAUCGACCACAUCACCUCCAUGCCCAGCGUCCUCAUCCCCGUCAAGGAGCUCGUCGCCAUCUGCCGCGACGAGGGCGUCGACAAGGUCUUCGUCGACGCCGCGCACGCCAUCGGCCAGGUCUCCAUCGACGUGCGCGACGUCGGGGCCGACUUCUACACCAGCAAUCUCCACAAGUGGUUCUUCUGCCCGUCCGCCGUCGCCUUCCUGCACAUCCGCAAGGAUGACCCCAUAGCCGCGCAGCUCCACCACCCCGUCGUGUCCAGCGAGUACGGCAACGGGCUGCCCAUGGAGAGCGCGUGGAUCGGGGUGCGGGAUUACAGUGCCCAGCUCGUUGUUCCUGACGCCGUUGACUUGAUGAGCCGGUUUGAGGGAGGCAUCGAAGGGAUAAGCAGACGCAACCAUGACAAGGUCAUCAAGAUGGGCAUGAUGCUCGCCGAGGCAUGGGGAACGUUUCUUGGCUCGCCGCCGGAAAUGUGCGGAAGCAUGGCUAUGAUCGGCCUGCCAGGUUGCCUUGGUAUUGACAGUGAUGAUGACGCGAUGAGAGUGAGGGACAUGUUGAGGAACGAUUUCAAAGUCGAGGUGCCAAUAUUCAACAACUCGCGAGGUACUGAAGGACAGAAGAUGGCAAAGGACGCGAACGGCGAUCAAGUGACAGGGUAUGUGAGAAUCUCGCAUCAGGUGUACAAUGUCAGGGAGGAGUAUGAGGUCCUCAGGGAUGCGGUCAACAAGCUUGUUCGUGAUGGUUUCUCCUGCAGCAAGCUGAGACCUUCUGGCAAGGUUCAGAAAUACAGAGUUCCCAUUCCAAGGAGUUGAGCUCUCUACAAAUUUAUACGGUGAAGCAGUAAGACUGAAACUGCAUUAUUUGCUUGGAAGACAUGCAUCUUUUGGUUGGAGGUCUAUGAACCGGUUAGCGCUGGGUAGCAAGAAAUAUGGCAUUCCGAUCAAGAUCAAUGAAUAUGUCUGUUUCUCAAUCAAGAUCAUCUUUUGCAGCUCCGUUUUCCCAUGCCCUUACUCUUUGUCAUUAAGGUUAUAUCGAUUUACCAGCAGUAAGUCUGAGCUUCUUCUCUUCUCAGUAUGAGUCAUUGAUCCUUCUUUUCGAUUUUCUGUUUUGAAUGCCAAGUGAUAUACAUGUAUAAAUGAUAUAAACUAAUUAUCUAUGCUUCCCUUUCAUGCUGAUGAGUGAUGAUGACCACAGUUGAUCUGUUGUA